UACGGCGUGGACAUGUCCUGCAUGACCGACUUUGCCAGGAAGUGCAUCAUGAACAAAGACAUCACUGUGAAUCCGGUGACGGUGGAGGAUGUGCUCUCCCACCCGUGCAAGUUUGCCGAGCUGGAUUUGAACACGGUCACGCUGGAGCAGCUCAGAGAUGUGAGGGGCGUGUUCAGCUGCCGGUGCUUCGGCUCGUCCUCCAUCCACGCCUUUUGCGUGUGGUUCACGGUGACUUUCCCCGCUGAGGAGAAGGCCCUGGUGCUCUCCACAUCUCCCUUCAAACCAGAGACGCACUGGAAACAGGCUGUGCUGUAUCUGGAUGAUGCUGUGGAUGUGAUGCAGGACACUAAAGUUGAGGGGGAGAUCAGUUUGUAUCCCUCUGAGGAGAAUUCUAGACAUAUAUGCAUCCGUGUGGACUAUGUGAUAGGUGAACAG